AACUGAAGGAGGAGAAGCCAACUGGGCCAGUAAAGUCAAGUUGUUAGCUAGCAUUGCUAAGAUGGCAUAUGAAUGAAAAGUGAAACAAAAACACAUAUAUUUUGAAAGUAGUCACAUAAGUCAAGCAUUAGUACGGCACAUCGUCCAUAUUCUUGAAAUCGUGUUAGUGUGACAGCUGAGCACCAGAAACAACAAGCCAUGCUGACGUGUGAGAUUUGUGGCGAGGAAUUGGUGUUGGACAAGGACAUGAAGACCCAUCUCCUCCUGAGGCACAUGGAGAAUGACAUGGGCUGCCCCCUCUGUUCCUGGUCCGGAGUCGCCUACAACGAACUCCGCUUCCACAUCAAUACCACACACAAAGAGAAGCAGGACCAUGACGGAGCAGAGGGUAGAGGUGGUCACAGUCUUGUCAGGCCCAGCUCAAGUCCUACUCCCUCUACCACCAUAGUGGACAGUCACUGCAAACAAGCCAUUGGUUUGUCUAGGUCUGAGGGUUCUGAAAAAGGAGUAGCCAAUGGGAACAGGUUUGACACCAUUGGAGGAGGGGUCUCACUCAGGACAUCCAAUAGCACACUGGAGUCUAAGGAGCGAAUGACUGUAUCCCCCCAAGCUUUUAGUAGGGGGGAGUCCGGUGGAGGGCGAGCAGUGGCCAUUGUUGAACCCACCUCUUCAGUGUCUACGGGCUUUCUGAGAUCAGCUCAGGACUCCAGUAGGCCUACUAGCAGACACUGUAAUGCUGAGGACUCUGUGGGAGUGGGAUCCGCAGAGCACACCACAGUCAAACAGAAGCGUUUCUCCUCCCCACUUAAAGAGAAGCGGUUUUCCUGUCCUAUGUGUGCUCUGGUCUGCACAGAUGCCUUCAUCCUACAGGAACAUGUUGAAUUGCACUUGCUAGAAGAGAGCCCAGCUGAAGAGGCUGUCCUGGGGGCCACAUCAUCAACCGAGGCAGCAUCAUCCAGCAACAGCUCAGGUGGGAAGAGUUAUGAGUGUCCCCUGUGUUCUGUGGUGUGUGGAGACUGCUACUCCCUACAGGAACAUGUGGAGCUGCAUCUUGACUAUGGCACAGUCACUAAUGCAGUGAGCCCUGGCUCAGACCUGAGGCUGGCCAGACGGCUGCAGGAGGAGGAGAAGCAGAGGAGGAAGGAGCAGGAGGCCAAGAGGGAGGCAGAGGAGUUCAAGAAGCUGCAGAGGCAGUUUGGUGUGGAUGGGAGGGGGGGCUACCGCAAACAGAUGGAGAGGACCAUGGAGAAAGCCGUGUCUCGAGGUGUCAUGGUGCCUGCUGACUUCCACAACAAGAGAGCAGAGAUGAUGGAGGCUCUGGCCUCAGGGGUCGACGAUGGCAGGACCAGAACGCAGGGUGUGCUGGGUGCUCUGUAUGUUUACUAUCAGAGGGAGGUCAGAGACUGUGUCCACGUGUGGCUGAGUGCUGACACAGACCACUUCUGCUCAUCAGAGGGGGAUAAGGGCUGGGGAUGUGGCUACAGAAACUUCCAGAUGCUCCUGUCUUCUCUGCAAAGAAUGGAGCCCUACACUACCUGUCUCUCAGAGGGGUCAGUACCCAGCAUCCCCCGGGUGCAGGUGUUGAUAGAGGGGGCGUGGCGGGAGGGGUUAGACCCACAGGGUGCCACCCACUUUAACCAGCGACUACAGGGCACGCGGGCCUGGAUAGGAGCUACGGAGAUCUACGCUCUCUGCACCUCCCUCAGAGUCAGUGCCCGUGUUCUAGACUUCCACCAGCCCACGGGCCCAGGGGACACCCACCCCCGCCUCUUUGACUGGGUGAAGCAGUACUUCUCUCAGACUGGCGCCAGUGGCGCCAGACUACCGCCCCGGGUGGUGCAGACCACACAGCCGCCCCUCUACCUCCAGCACCAAGGCCAUAGCCGCUCUAUAGUAGGAGUGGAACAGAAGAAGAAUGGCAGCCUGUGCCUGUUGCUCCUGGACCCUGGCUGUACACCAGGAGAUGUGAGGAAACUGCUGAGCCAAGAUGGCUCCACUGUUAGCACAGCUGUCCGCCGCAUGAGGAAGUUCUCUGGCAACCUGAAACAUAGGCAGUACCAGGUUGUGGUUGUAGAUGGCGUGCUCUCCCCCGAGGAGAAACAGACCCGCGUUCUCAACUCAAGAACACUCCAAGCCGAGAGGAUCCCUUGAUGCUGGAAUGCAGUUGUCGCAUUCAUUUUACUGUGAAUGUAAAUUUGUAACUGCCAAAAACAUUUCAUGUUGAAUUUUCUUUGACAUUUUAUUAAGGUAAUAAAUGAUGUAUUUUUAAUAUCGCUUUUUUCUCUGUUCUGUUCAAAUCCUCAACAUAUUCCUGUGUGUAGAAUUGGGACCUUGUAGAAGGCGUAAGGACACACUGAGAAUGGAACAUCUAUUCAUAUAUUUAUUCAACUACCAGAAAUGACUGUAACCAAACAUUGUAGAUUACUGGUAAAUGACAAGAAUUAACUGUAAAAAAAAUAAUUUAAAAAAACACACACACACUACCAUUAAAAGUUUGGGGUCACUUAGAAAUGUCCUUGU